AUGCACGAAAAACCCGAUAACAUUAUGAAGAAGACCCCUUUUAGUAAUAAUACAAUUUCUCGAAGCAUCGAUGAAAUGGCCAACGAUGCCAAACAUCAGCUCAUUAGUAUUCCCCAGCGUUCUGAAUUUUCUAUACAAAUGGAUGAGUCAACUGUUGUGGACAAUCAAUGUUUGAUGAUGGUAUAUGUUCGGUAUUUCAGCGAAAACCUUCAACCUUGUGAGGAAAUGCUGUUCACAGAGAAAUUGCCGCUUGAUUUAAAAGGUGCAACUAUUUUUCACACUGUCAAGUCGUUCCUUUUUGAACAUAAUAUCCCACUUAGUAAUAUUCUUGCUUGUGCAUCUGAUGGAGCCCCUUCGAUGAUAGUAAGAUACAGAGGUUUUUCAUCUCUCCUAAAGCGUGAAAUUUCCCACCAGAUACUAACUGUUCAUUGCUUGGCACAACGGAAGCAUUUAGUGGCAAAAAAUAUGAACGGAAACAGAAAAACUCUCAUAGAUUGUAAAUCAUUUAUCACUUCCUUCAUUUCGGAAUUGGUGUUGUUUAAGACUAACAUUUCAAAACGUCAAUUCCAUCAAUUUCCACAACUUGAUUCUUUGAAAGAUGAAUUAGUUGAUGAGGAUUUAACUGCAUAUCGCAGCUAUUUACAAUCAUUGCACGAUAACAUGGUGGAGCGAUUUCAAGAUGUUUUUGCGCCGAAUAUUCAGAAUUGGCAUAGCAAUCCGUUUGAGGUUGAUGCAGUCAAUUGA